UGCACCAAACAUGUGUGGUGCAAUUACUUCCUGGGCAUCUUUAAUGACAAGACAGCUUUGAAUUUGCUGCAUGCCUUGUGCUCAUGUCAAGUGCCUGUCACCAACAGAGGUGUUAAUGCUUCAUGUAGAAUGCUGUUGCAUGGUCCAUUGAUGGCCAAACUGUUCCCCUCAGUGGUGGGGCUUGCAUCCCAAUGAGAGACUUCAAAGCACUGCAUAGUUAAUAGCACCCACUAUUUUCAGACCAGCAUGUCUCCCCCAAAGCUGCUGGCCUGUCAUGCCUGCUCGAGAGGUUACAUGUCCAAAGUGACGGCCCAGAACAAGAAGCGGUGUCCGGCGCUACUCGACUGCGGCCACAGCGUCUGCGAGGGGUGCGUGCGCAGCGCGGCCAGCAAGGGCCCGCUGCUGGCCUGCCCGCAGUGUCAGCAGUUAACAGUUGUGGAGGACAAGAAGCUGCCAUCAGACGCCUUCAUCAAUGGCUGUCUCGUUAUCAACAUGAGACCACCGCUUAAUGAGGACACUGUCGGCUUCGUCACGCAGAGGAAGCCACGGCGCGUGUCGGAGAAGGCGCUGAACUCGGCGGUGUCCGAGAAAGAUAAAUGCGAAGAGUGCAAUGUGAACCACGGUUCACUGACCUGCCCGAAAUGCGAAGACUGUCGAUUUUGUCAGAGCUGCUUCAACAAAGUACACCAGGGGUCGAGGCUCCUGUCGCGUCACGUUCCGCGCGCGGCCACACCGGCGGCGGCCGGCUCUGGCGACGGUGGCGCCGCGGCGGCCGACCAGUACUGCCCUCUACACGAACGCCGCCCGCUCGAGUACUACUGCACGGAUGACGACGUGGCCGUGUGUUCGCACUGCUCCAUCUCUGGCGAGCACAAGGGUCACACCGUCGAGACCGUCAGCGAGCGGAACGCCCGACGCCGGCCGGAGCUGCUGCAGGCGACGGAGCGGGCACGCAACACCUACCUGCGCCUGCGCAUGGCCGCUCAGAGCCUGCGUGCGGCGCCGGCGGCGGACACGCUGGACCCCGCGUGCCUGCUGGACACCAUCCACGACCACUUCAGCCAGCUGCACGGCCAGCUGCAGUUGCGCCAGGCGGCGCUGUCGGCACAGCUGCUCGCCGCCGCCGAGUCCCAGCGCGCCCACGUCCGCCAGCUGAGCCUGCGUGCGGCGCCGGCGGCGGACACGCUUGACCCCGCGUGCCUGCUGGAUACCAUCCACGACCACUUCAGCCAGCUGCACGGCCAGCUGCACUCCGAGCAGCUGUACGCUGCGGUGCACAGCUCCAGGCAGCUGUACGCUGCAGUGCACAGCUCCGGGCAGCUGAACGCCGCGGUGCACAGCUCCGGGCAGCUGAAUGCUGCGGUGCACAGCUCCGAGCAGCUGUACGCUGCGGUGCACAGCUCCGAGCAGCUGAACGCUGCGGUGCACGGCUCCGAGCAGCCGUACGCUGCGGUGCACAGCUCCGAGCAGCCGUACGCUGCGGUGCACAGCUCCGAGCAGCUGAACGCUGCGGUGCAUAGCUCAGAGCAGCUGAACGCUGCGGUGCACAGCUCCGAGCAGCUGAACGCUGCGGUGCACAGCUCCGAGCAGCUGAACGCUGCGGUGCACGGCUCCGAGCAGCCGUACGCUGCGGUGCACAGCUCCGAGCAGCCCUCAGGCUGCGUCGUGCGCCCGCUGGUGGAUCAGGAGCGGGGCGAGAAGCCUACUGGGGGAGCGGUGUCAGCGGUGCGUCGGUGA